AUGAUCUCAAAGUUCUUGGUUUUCGCAGCUCUUGUAGCUUUCGCUCAAGCUGGAGUUUAUGAACUCCAUCAUGGAGAGCACGGAACAUCAUAUUCUUCGGUAAACUUACUUGCGGUUCCGGCUGUCGUAAAGACUGCUCACGUUGCUCCAAUUGCCCACGUCGCACCGGUAUUUAAAGUAGCACCUGCAUUUGCUAAAGUAUUAGCUCCAGUUGUUCAAAAAGUAAUUUAUCCGGAUACACCAGCUCAUUAUUCCUUCGAAUAUGGAGUUAAUGAUGCUCACACCGGAGAUGUAAAGAAUCAACACGAAGAACGUGAUGGCGAUGUAGUAAAGGGAUACUACACUUUGAUUCAACCUGAUGGCGUCACCCGUACCGUCCACUACACAUCAGAUGCUCACAGUGGUUUCAAUGCCAACGUUGAAUAUAAGGGAGAACCAAUCGUCCAAAAAACAGUAAUUGCUAAAGCCAUUGUACCAGCCAAAAUUGCAGUAGCUGCUCCUGUAUAUCACGGAUACCACCAUUAG